AUGCCCAAAAGGAAAAGAGAUGGCUCUGAGGCGCCCGCCAGUGACACAGAAGGUGUGGAAGGCGCCGUCAGCAUUCGCCAGCACAGAGUGCAACACAAGCUCGACUAUGCCCAUAAGCAACUCGCGCGUGCCUUCAAGACGGCAAAGGGCUUCGAGGCGCAAAAGUCUGGCAGGCGGCGCAAGACUGCUGGUGCAAAGAGCGAUGAGAAAGAGGUCGCGCGCAUAGAAGCCGAGACUGCUGCUCUGAAGACACUCGAUCUCUCCGCUACCGCACGUAACUACCUCCACAAGUCCUUGAUCAAGUUCAAGGCAGUCGCCGAAUCGCCCGAUCUGCCCAAGGCUGUAUCUUCUCCUCCCCAACCCAUCAGCGACACAGCAAAAGCAAACGUCAUUGCCCGACUCUGCAACUCAAAUCCUGUCAAGGAAGCUCUCCCUCCCUUACUCAAGGACAUUCAACGCGCCCUUGGCAUUGAGCCUAAAGAUGUGAAAGAAGGCAAGAAGAGGCUGAGAGCCAAAGACAUCGAGAAGCAGAAACAGGAGGGACAACCAAAACAAUCAACCAAGAAACCACAACCUACCGCAGAGCCCGAGUCUGGCGAUGUAAGCAUGGGAGAACCUGACGACGAAAGCGACUCUCAACAACCUACACACCGCAAACUGGCCAGUGGCAGUGAGGACGAGUUUGCAGGGUUCGACGACAGGCUUGCUGGCUCGUCCGAUAGCGAAGACGAAAAAGAGAAUGACAACGAUGUAGCCCUCAAGAAGGGUAAAGCGUCACGCGCGGCCGCAUUACGAGCUGCUCUUGGUGACAUUUCUCAGUCAGCAUCCGCGUCUCCUUCACCAUCACCAUCUCUCUCACGGUCGCCCUCUCCCGAAUCAGACUCUCCACCAGCUAGAACCACCAAAGCUGGUACAUCUGCGUUUGUGCCGUCUCUCACCAUGGGCGGCUACUGGUCUGGGUCUGAGUCAGAAGCAGAGGAAUUUGAAGAUGGGCCACCAAAGAAGAAUCGAAGAGGUCAACGAGCACGUCAAGCUAUUGCGGAGAAGAAGUUUGGCAAGAACGCAAAACAUUUACAGAACCAGGAGAAAGCAGGCAAGAACGAUAGAAACGCCGGAUGGGAUGCGAAACGCGGAGCAACAGACAGAACAGGUCCACGUGGGGCCCGUGGAGCACCAAAGGGCCGCUUUGAGAGACCUGGUCAGGAUCGUGGAGCCAGAAAUGACGCCACUGAGCCUCCCAAGAAGAAACACAGAGACGACCAGGGUUCGUUGCAUCCCUCUUGGGAAGCCGCAAAGAAGGCCAAGGAAGCAAAGAAGGUCACGGCAGCCUUCGAAGGCAAGAAGAUCUCCUUUGACUGA